AGAGAGGAUCAGAGAAGAAGACGGGACUCGGGACAGAAGCUUGGAGCUCCCAGCAGACGACUCAGGUGGUGCUCGGUAUUAUCCGAGCGAAGACCCGUCCACAGAACCGUGAACCAUGAAGAACGAGGGAAUGGAGGGGACGGAGAGGUUCCUGAGCCCGGGCAGUGGCAGAGGCCUGCGGGCGAUGAGGCACUUCGCGUUGGGGGAGCUGGUGUUCGCCUGCCCUGCCUACUCGUACGUGUUGACAGUGAAUGAGAGGGGAGCGCACUGCGAGAACUGCUUCACCAGGAGAGAAGACCUUUUUAAGUGUGGCAAAUGUAAGCAGGCCUACUACUGCAAUAUUGACUGUCAGAGAAGCGAUUGGUCCAUGCAUAAGCUGGAGUGUGUAGCUAUGUGUGCCUACGGGGAAAACUGGUGUCCAUCAGAGACUGUCAGACUGGUGGCUCGAAUCCUCAUGAAACAGAGAGUCACAACAGAGCGCACCCCUUCAGAAAAGCUGCUACUGCUCACAGAGUUUGAAUCCCAUUUAGAUAAGAUGGACAGUGAGAAGGACGAGUUGAACCAGGCAGACAUUGCAGCGCUGCACCACUUCUACUCCAAACACAUCAGUGACCUUCCUGAUGAGCAGGCUCUCACUGAGCUAUUUGCACAGGUUAACUGUAAUGGAUUCACUAUAGAGGACGAAGAGCUCUCCCAUCUGGGAUCAGCUGUUUUUCCUGAUGUAGCACUGAUGAAUCACAGCUGCAGUCCUAAUGUCAUAGUGACCUAUAAAGGCACAUUGGCUGAGGUCAGAGCUGUCCAAGAGAUCAACCCCGGAGAUGAGGUAUUCAACAGCUACAUAGACCUGCUUUAUCCAACAGAGGACAGGAAAGAGAGGUUGUUAGAUUCCUACUUCUUCACAUGCCAGUGUACUGAGUGCACCUCCAAGUCUAAGGACAAAGCUAAAAUGGAGAUCAAAAAGCUGAGUUCUCCAACAGAGCCAGAGGAAAUCCAAUCUAUGGUCUACUACGCCAAGAAUGUCAUCGAGGAGUUCAGGAGAGCCAAACACUACAAGACCCCCAGUGAGCUGCUGGAGAUAUGUGAGCUUAGCCAGGAGAAGAUGGCAGCUAUAUUCGCAGACACCAACGUGUACAUGCUGCACAUGAUGUAUCAGGCCAUGGGUGUCUGUCUCUACAUGCAAGACUGGGACGGAGCUAUGAGCUACGGAGAGAAGAUCAUUCAGCCGUACAGUGUUCACUACCCAGCCUACUCUCUGAAUGUGGCGUCUAUGUAUCUGAAACUGGGACGUCUGUAUCUGGGGCUGGAGAAGAAGACACAAGGAGUCAAAGCUCUAAAUAAAGCAGUUGCCAUCAUGGAGGUGGCUCAUGGGAAGGAUCACAAUUAUGUUGCAGAAGUUAAACGAGAAAUUGAGGAGCAGAAGUAAACGACGUGCAGCAGGAGAAGCAAAACGAUGACAGGGAGAAUUUAGGAGGAGCCCUGGAUUGAGCAGACUCUCCUAAAGCAACAAACAUACACAUCACAACUGCAUGCCAUGCUUCUGACUGCCCUGUGUUUUUUUAUCGCCCACUCUUUUUGGUUUGUUUUUCAUGCCUUUUUUUGUAGGCAGUUUCUUUUUCCAUGUCUACAUGUUGUGGGUGAGGAAGACCACGUUUUGUACUUGUAGCAGCCCCGGUGUUAAAAGCAGACACAUUAGGAAUUACACUUUUUUGGGGUGGGGGCGGGGGGAUGAAAAUAAAACAAAAGACUUGAAUACUUUCUGUGUGCUGAAGCUCAUAAAACCCAUUGAACAUCCUUACUGUUAUUUAAAACAAAUCACAUUAAUGGAUAAAAGACGAUAAAGCUUUCAUUUAACAGCUACGCAAAAUCCUUUUUCUGAUGUAAGAGGCUCAGUUUUUCUUUCCUUGUGAAUUCAUUCACUGUGUUCUCUCGGCCAAACAACAGACCAUGUUUUCAUCAUCAUGUAUGUCUUUGUAAGCAGUUGUAUUUUCACAUCUGGGCCUUCUGUACACACUGGUGAGUAGUUGAUAUGAAGGGCAUUACUUUUUCCCAGCCAAUGUAUUUUAACAGAGUUUCAUGGCUACAUUAAUUCUUGGAAACUGAAGAAAAUGUGAUUGACCAUGCAUCAGGUACUCUGUAGCAACGGACAAGAGAAUGCAAAUAACUAUUCCUGAAUGAAUAACCAGUCAAGUGAUUGGCUUGUCUUACAGUAUAUUGGCUUGUUUUAAAGAACCAGAAAACGUGAUGCAUGUUUAUGUUAUGCAUGUGAGGCUUGUUGACCAAAGGGGCCAGAGGUUUAACUGAUAGGGAACCAGCUAUAAUUCUCUAUUUGCUGUAUAUUUUAACGGGUGCUGAUCUGAGGCCAGGGUGACUACUAAGUCACAGUGAAGACAUUGGUACUGCGACCUGACCGACGAUCCUGGGUCAGAGCCCCUAUGCUCUCAGGAAAAAGGCUCAACGCUGUAGCUGUUGUUGCCUUUUGUCUUGAAAUGCAUUAUUCUACCUUUUGGGAUUUCUUAGAAGCCUUGUAAAUCCAGAUGGUCAUUUCCCUGGGACUGAAAUCACUUAAGCAGAGUGGUGGGCAGAAUAUUAACAUGCAGUAUAACCUGGUAGGAUUACCUUUUACUCGCAGGUGAUGCCAUUUUUAACUUUAUAAUCAAAAAGAAUGAAUGCACCAUAUCUUAAAAAGGGGAAUGCAUCUUCCUCUAAUCUUUGUUUCAGUGCCACCAUCAUUUUGCAGUUUUACUUUCAGUUUCAACUAUAAUAUAUAGCAACUUAUACCAACAUGGCAACUCUUAAUGUCGUAAAAACGUUUUGACAACAAGGUUGGUCAAAUUAUGGAAGAGUUGACUGUAUUGAUUAAAAGAACCCAAUCCAAAAUCAUGAGGAUCAGUCACAGGUCGGUGUAUAAAGAAAUCUAAGACUAAGCAUGCAGUGUGUGUGUAAAAGGCUUUAAAAAAGUUAUUAACCUGGGCCUUAAUCGAGGGUUCUUGUUGCACUCAAAUUCUGUAUAUUAUUUGUGAUAAAAUUAUGUCAAAAUGAUAAACCUGUAAGCAUUCUU